AUGGAAAGCAUAGAUAGUGCCUCGCAUUCUACAGAAAAUGCUCCCACUUACGCGCCUAUUACUACCGAAGACCACGAUCAAGAAAGACCACGGCCGAUCUCUAAGACAGCCUCGCGUGGAUCUACGAUUAUCGAGAGGUCGUGGUCACUGAACGACGGUUAUAGUGUUGCAGGGGGGGAUGAUGAUGAGAACGAGAAUGAACAAACCGAAAAGCCAGGGAACGGAGUUGCGGCCUCUGAUACCGAAAUCGUGGUGAAAUGGGACGAGAACGACCCGGAAAACCCAAGGAACAUGUCUUGGGGUAGGAGAUGGCUUAUUACUGUUUUUAUCGCUCUCGGCUCGAUUUGCGUCACCUGUACUUCGUCCAUGUAUGUGAUGACCUAUAAGCAAAUUACCAAAGAAUUCGGGUGCUCGAAUGAGGUCGCGACGGUCGGGUUGACGACGUAUAUUUUUGGUCUCGGAAUUGGGCCACUGUUCCUGGCUCCGCUGUCAGAAUUCUACGGUCGUCGGAGGAUAUACCUCGUUUCGUUUACCUUCUUCGUCAUCUGGAUGAUUCCAUGUGCCGUGGCGCAAAACAUCCAGACCAUGCUUGUUGUGCGUUUCUUCAGCGGUCUUUCGGGAGCGGCAUUUUUGAGUGUUGCCGGAGGGACAGUGGGUGAUAUGUUCAAUCGUCAUGAACUGGCGGCGCCAAUGAUGCUCUACACAGCAAGUCCGUUUUUAGGGCCUGAAAUUGGUCCUUUGGUGGGUGGUUUUAUAAAUCAGUAUACAACUUGGCGAUGGACAUUUUAUACCUUGCUUAUAUGGGCAGGCGUCCAAUUGGCAAUCUUAUUCUUCUUCGUCCCCGAGACCUAUCACCCUGUACUCUUGAAACGCAAAGCAGCUAGGCUGCGUCAAGAAACCGGUGACAACAGAUACAUCGCGCCUUUAGAAAAGAUGAAAAAAUCCGUCGUCGAAACCGUUCUCCGCUCAUGCUACCGACCAAUGCUUCUUCUUACUCUGGAGCCAAUGUGUGCGUGUCUAUGCGUAUACUCCGCGAUAUUGCUGGGUAUUCUGUACCUUUUCUUCGGCGCAUUCAACAUGGUCUUCUCCACAGUGUAUGACUUCAACCAGUGGCAAACGGGAGCUUCGUUUCUGGGAAUUCUGGUUGGAAUGAUCUGUGCAAUCUUAUCCGAUCCUUUAUGGCGCAGAAAUUACCGCCGUUUGGAAAGUAAUCACAUGAAGGCGGUGGGUGAAAAAGGAGAAGCCAUGCCCGAAUGGCGUCUUCCACCAGCAAUCGGCGGCGCGCCUUUUGUGACGGUUGGCAUCUUCAUGUUCGCAUGGACCACGUACCCGCAUGUACACUGGAUUGUAUGUGUCGUCGGAACGGCCUUUUUCGGGGCAGGAGUCGUACUCGUCUACUCCGGUAUAUUUACUUUCCUCGUCGACGCCUACCCAGAAUUUGCGGCAAGUGCACUCGCAGCCAACAGCUUUGCGCGGUCUACUUUCGGCGGUGUAUUCCCACUGUUUGGAACACAAAUGUACGACCGGCUUGGCAUACACUGGGCGUCAUCCUUGCUGGCAUUUCUGACACUGCUAAUGCUUCCAUUUCCGUAUAUCUUCUUCCGAUACGGCAAGGAUAUCCGCAAGAAGAGUAAAUUCGCGACAUCCUUCACAUAA